AUGGACGGCUUGCCAAUCCGGACAUCGCGCCGCCCCGCCAAUCUCCGCCGCGCUGGACCCAGGCCAGGCGACGCGGGAACGCAUGCCGUCGGCGGCGACAUGGUCAACAGCAUGAAGCGACGCGGUCUCCGACCGUCCAAGUGGGUCCUUUACCGCCCAUGGGUUCUCGUUGCCGUUGCCCUCGUGCUCCUUCUUAUCCUCAACACGGCCUGGCUCCAACGUAUCAACCGGCGCGUUGUCAGCAAGGGCGGGUGGGACCACGUCGUGCCCUCGGCUCGGCGACAUGUAGCGGGCUGGGUCGAGAAUCUCGCAGCGCGGAUCGACUCUGGGGUCAAACACGACGAGAUGUGA